AUGUCGACUCAAGGUCUCCUUGCAAAGGGCGUUCCCCCUCAACCCCUCUGGCUCCUCUACAUCAAGAUCGCGAUUUUGGUGCUCUCACUCAUCACACUCGCUCUCGGUGCUUGGGCCGUAUCAAUCUUUGGUGGCUAUGCUGGAGGAUAUGGUGGCCCAACUGGCGCCGGUGGUCUUGUCAUCUUCACAGCUAUCUGGUCCUUCAUCGUCUACGGCGGCGCCGCAGCCAUUGAGAUCUGGGCGCCUCACUUCUUCUAUCGCAUCGGUGCUCUGGUCGGUUACAUCCUCCACAUCAUCUUUUGGCUCUCCGCCUGGGCCUGGUCUGCCAGUGCCGCUUCCUUCUGGCUCUCAUACACGUAUGACUUUGGUUUCUACGACUCUGCGUGGAAGAGAGAGGGCCAGGCUCUCGGUGCCUGCGCCGGUCUCGGUGCUUUGAUCUGGGUUCUUUCUAUUGUGCACUUGGUCUUCUUCAUCCGUGCCUCCCUGGCUGAUCCUGAGGGGUCUGGCCCGGCCCCUGGCACCGCCGGCCAAGCUGAGCUCGGCCAGGUCAAGCCUGAGCAGCAGUACCCCGCACAGCAAACCUAUCCUGUCCAGCAGACUCAAUAG